AUGGAGGAUCCGGCCGCCGUUAAUGGUUUUAAGGAAAAUCGUCGUGGACUUUUCCUCUUUUACAAUUCUUAUGAAUUCGGCAGCAAAGUUGAGGAGAACCAAGCUGCAAUACUGGAUGGGAUUGAAGUGCUGAUGGAGAAGAAUAGUUUUACGCGGAAGCAUCAAGGACGCAUAUGCUGCGGCUGCCAUCUCCUCUCGUUAAUAUUGGCUGUGAUCUACAUUGUUGCCCUCCUGAUUUGUAUUGUAGUCCUCAUAAUGGCGGCUCAACAACUCGCGGAAGUUAUGGAGCGACCAUCUGAGGACAAGUCUGCUAUAAAGGCCGAGGUUGUUGCGUGGACAAGUGGAAACUCUACUCAUUUUAAUCUUCAAGGAACCGUGUCAUUCAUUCUUAGUGAAGUCGUCCACCUUCUAGACGACAGCGUAACUGGUCUAUUGGCUAAGAUGAAUUCGACUGUGGUCGGCCUAGUUCCAACUCUGGAGCCAACUACUCGUAAAGGCGUCACCAAAAUAUUUGAUUCUCUCAGACAACUUAUUAAAAUCAACGAGCUUUUUACGGAUACGGAAAAAAUGAAAGACGAACUGAGUGUUUUCAAUGAAGAUGUGAAGAAUAUUAGUGACAAUUAUAAUGACACAAUACCAGAACUCACCAGAUUAAAUACAGAGUUUAAAGAUAUUCAUACACAAGUGAAACAGCAACAGCCUCAAUUGGUGAGCGAAUCAUUCAGGUUUAUUGAUUACUGA